UUCCAGCCGGUUUCCGCUCUCCGCUUCACUUUCCUCUCGAGUCUCCUUCGUUCCUGUCGCAAUGUUCUCCCGUUCCCGGUGCCUGGCUCGGAGCCUGAGCCGCUUCACCGUCAGCCGCAACCCCGGGAGCCGGCAGGGAAAUGGCUCACAAGGAUGCAAAGGUCUCUCUGGUCUUUUGGUGUGCUAUAGAUCUAUCUAUGAUAGAAGCAGGCAGCUUCCAGAAAAUGUCUCUAAAUUUAGCCUCUUCCGCAUCCGACAUUUUAGGACGUCAGCAGUCUUUAAUGACGUGCUAACAGUUAAUACACCAGCAUUUGCAGAGUCUGUCACAGAGGGAGAUGUCAGGUGGGAAAAAGCUGUUGGUGAUACAGUAGUUGAAGAUGAGGUGGUGUGUGAAAUUGAAACUGAUAAGACAUCAGUACACGUUCCUGCUCCACAUGCUGGUGUCAUUGAGGAACUCCUGGUCCCUGAUGGGGGUAAGGUGGAAGGAGGAACCCCUCUCUUCAAACUCAGGAAGACAGAAGCUGGUGCUGCAAAGCCAAAACCAGCAGCCACUCCUAUCCCCAAACCAGAAGCAGCAGCAGCACCACCACCACCACCACCACCUGCAACCACAGCAGGGGCAAUUCCUACCACAAUGCCACCUGUACCACUGGUAAAUAUGCAGGCCAUGGAUAGUAAACCUGUGUCAGCAGUGAAACCUACUGUUGGACACUUGGCCCCAGCUUCGGAUGUGGGAGUGAAAGGUGUCAGAUCAGAGCAUAGGGUUAAAAUGAACAGAAUGCGACUUCGAAUUGCACAACGGCUAAAGGAGGCUCAGAAUACUUGUGCCAUGCUGACCACCUUCAACGAAAUUGACAUGAGCAACAUCCAGGAAAUGAGAACUCUACACAAAGAAACCUUCCUCAAGAAGCACAACAUGAAGCUCGGUUUCAUGUCUGCAUUUGUCAAAGCAUCCAGUUUUGCUCUGCAAAAUCAGCCAGUGGUAAAUGCUGUUAUCGAUGAUACAACCAAAGAAGUGGUCUACCGAGAUUAUAUAGACAUCAGCGUAGCUGUAGCAACACCAAAGGGCCUGGUAGUCCCUGUAAUCCGAAAUGUUGAAACAAUGAACUAUGCUGAUAUUGAGAAAGCGAUCAAUGAGCUAGGAGAGAAGGCCCGUAAAAAUGAGUUGGCUAUAGAAGACAUGGAUGGAGGUACUUUCACUAUCAGUAAUGGAGGAGUGUUUGGCUCAAUGUUUGGGACACCAAUUAUCAACCCACCCCAGUCUGCCAUCCUAGGCAUGCACGGUAUCUUUGAUAGACCAGUUGCAGUCAAGGGCCAGGUUGUGAUCCGUCCCAUGAUGUAUGUGGCCCUAACCUAUGACCACCGUUUGAUCGAUGGCAGAGAAGCAGUACUUUUCCUCCGAAAAAUUAAAGCUGCAGUUGAAGACCCCCGUGUGCUGCUCCUUGACAUUUAAACUCUAAUAGUUAUUUAAAAAAAUACUCAACCCAACCUAUACAUUUUCACAUAUUAAAUGUUUGUUAAACCUUUUUUUGAUGUUUAAAAUUAUAAAUGAAUGUUUUAUGGACAGAUUGCAAUUCUGUAGGAAUAGUAGGAAUGAUUUAUGGAAGGAUAUUGCAUGUCAGAGACUUUACAGCUAAUUUAUAUUUUGAGCAAACAUGCUAACAUGGCUAACUUGUCUCUGGUCAUUUUUUUUUGUUGGGGGAAGCAGCUUUGAGCUCUCUCCUUCAUAAUUUGGUAUUAAGUGAGCAUGGAACUAGCAGUUACACUAAAAGAAAUCUCAAAGAUUGAAUGCAAGAGCUGAAAAUGUCAUGCUGAUAUGUUAGGAUUGUGCACCUGAGAUUGUUGCUGUAGAGGAACUUCUAACAUACUGUUCUUGGGGAGUGUUUCACAGUUGUGGAGCAGUGCUGAAAUGUUUCAUUCCCCACCAUUAACAAUUCUUUAUCUUGAUCACAAAAAUGCACUGCCCCACAGGAGAAUACUGCAGCAACAUUAUUCCCCGUCCACUCAAAGUACAUGUAGAAGGUAAAUGCACAGUUUUUAAAAAAUCAUUCUAGGACCUUACGUUGCAAAAAUGUUGCUGUUUCUGCAGCAGAAUUACUUAAAUUAUAAUGAUUUGAGCAUAUUUGAUCUUAACUUCCCACAGUUUCCAUGUGACCAUAAUACCAGGCUUCAUGUUGACAGCAUUAACAUGUGGUCCUGCAAUUUAUUAUUGCUGUCAAAACUUGUACUCAUUUUUAAAGAAAGAAGCUCAGAAAAUGUCAUGGGUAACAAAAAGAUAGAUAAUGGGGUACCAUAUCUCUAAAGUGAAGGGCAAACCUUCAUAUCCCAAAACCAAUUUGGAGAGUAACGCCAGCUCAGGCAACCUGAAUUACAAAGUUAUUUCCAUAAGGCACAAAGUUAGAAGUGUAUAGUUACAGUUAGUGUAGGGAGGUCACUGUUGUCUCAAGUCUUAGGAAUAAAUUUACUAUAUGAAAAUGUUGUGUUUACACUUGUGUUAAGCCUGUUUAGGUUUUUCCUUUUGCUAUAGCCCUGUAUCAGAUUCACUGCUUUUUCAUUCUCUUCUCCCUUCAUCACCCCUCUUUACAAACUGCUCAACUAAAAUUAGGGACUUAAAAGCACCUUUGCACCAGGAACAGGAGUCCUUAUGUUCCACUCUGCUGUGCAGCAUGACGUUACCCAGUUCUCCAAGCAUUGCACCAUGGGACCAGGUCACUACUUAGUUGGGUGAAAACAGAACAGUAUCUUUCAAACCAGACACUGCUUCCUCCACAUUGGAAUUAGUUCCUACCCUCAGAAUUAAGUUGAAUAAAUACACACAACUUUUUCAUCCUGUACAGUGUCGAGGUCGGCAGACAGUAUUAGGAUUAGUAUGAUGAUAGGGUUGGAAAAUGUAUUCACAAAGUUGGGUAUUAUUUGAAUAAACAGAUCUGUGAAUCUUUUUGCCAUGUAGAAAUAUUCCUACAGCCCUUGCUGAACUUAGUUUUUAAGUGAUCAUUAGCUGUAAACUACUACCUGACAUGCAGUGUUCUUCUCACAUUGAUGGAUUAUAAUUGUACAAAUUCAUAAGUUAGUUGGAAGCCAGUUCUGAAAUGAAAAUAAGGGCAACAAUCUUCUAUUCCUGUGGAGAAGGUACCAGGCAGUCAGCAGGAAUUUGCCAGUCUUGCACUGUAGUCGUAAGUAUACAGUACAUGUAAAAAUUGAAAAUGACAGGCUGGGUGGGAGGAGUUGACACUUCUGAGUUUUAUUGUUUGGUGGGAGUGCUGGUGGAAGGGAAUGAGGAGAAUAUUAGCAUUAAAUUUUACCUUACAAGGUAAGCAUGACCUCCUUGCUGUCACUGGGUGUUAACUGAAAAAUGAGCCAUAUCCCCAGCUGUCAUCCUUUUCAUUGAUGAGCACAAAUAUACAGAGUCACAGAAAUGCUGCUCCCGCAGAUUCACACGGACUUGCACAUAACGCGUAUCAAUAUUACUUCCCUUAAACUGCACAACUUUUAAAUAUUUGUUACAUGGUUGGGCCAUGUUUUUACUUGUGACACAUUCAAAUCCGUUGCAGUCCUGCCCAUGGGAGAUGGUUAGAUGUAUGUGUGCUAUUUUUUUUUAAAUUACCUGCACCGCAGUGCGGUCAAUGGGAGGAAGAAAGCCACCCUGUGAGUGAGAAAUAGACCUGUUAUUGAAAAAAAUACAGAGAGCAAACUACUGGUGGGUUCUUGAGGGCUUGCUGCCAUGCAAACUCGAAUUCAUGUGUCAGAUGGAUGCACUAAUGUGAUGGUUUAUACUUGAUUGUACUAUUUGAUCAUCUCCCAGUUGGUGCUUUUCCUUAUGUGGUUUUCAUGAUGUUUGGUGUUGCCUUGCACCAGUCGGCCAGUUAUUAAAAUUCCAAAGAAAUCUAAAUUAAUAAGCAGUAAUGAAACAGUAAGUCAGAAUGAUGCAAAGAAGAAAUUGCGAUGUAAUGGUUAUAUUGAAAACAAAAAUAAAUGUAUCUAACUGUU